UCUCCGUUGAAUCCCUCCUACAGAUCCCGGGAAGCCAUGAGGCUACGUGGUGAAGAUGGAGUAUAAAACGGAGGAAUGUCUGGCUGCGCCACAGGCUGCUAACGUCAUCCCGAUUAUGCCAGCGUCUUGAUCACUUAUCAGUUGACAGUUCCCCUCUACUUCUGCCUUCUGCUCCUGCUCUUUCUCUCCCUCAUCGCCUCUACGCAGUACAACCAACUCAUCGAUUCCAUCCGGUUACACUGAUCUUCGCAUGGUGACGAAUGCGUGCCCAACGAGCCAUGAGUGACGCUGCAUCGAGCUCUGGCAUCUGCUCGGCCUGAUUGAUUAACUGACUGACUGAUUGAUUCGCCCGAUUUCGAUCUGCACGACCGUCUGACAUAGUCUCGACCCCUCCUUCUUCCGUCUCCCAUCUACACCUUCUUAGUCCUCAUCGAUCGCCAUGGCUGAUGCCGGGGACCGUAUGUUCUGCCAUGCCUGUGGUGGCGUCUGGCUGCACAACGCCGGCGAUAUGACCUGUCCGCAUUGCGAGUCGGACUUUACCGAGAUUGUACGUCUCUCUCGGUCUCCUUCUCAGCAGACAUCUAAUCAGAGACACCAGAUCGAAAUUCCCCCCGAUCCUGAUGCCGACCCUCUACCCGAACGACCCCCCUCGGCCCCCGCCCCGGCCAGAGCCCGCCCGAAUCCGUGGGCCGAUCACAACCCCUGGGCACACCAAGAGGAAGAUGACGACCUCGAUCAUGGUUGGGGGACAGGAAAUGAAAAUGGAUCUGGAAAUGGAGAUGGAAAUGGAUUUACCCACCGCACAUUUCGCUCCCCUGACGGUCGUUUCACCUUCUCAACAACAACCUAUACCCAUGGAUUCCCACGUCGGUCGCCCCCCAGCCAGCGACCAGCCAACGACCCGUUGAUGCCAAUGGUGCAGGGGCUAGACAGCAUCUUCAACGGGCUUGCGAACACCUACCGACAGCAGAACCCCCCGGGUUCGACGUCCAGCCAACCCCACACUCCAGACCGCGACCGUGGGCGGACCCUAGGGUCAUUCGAGUUUGACAUUGAGGCUGAUGGCCGGGGGCAGGAUGACGGGCUGCAUCCGCGGAAUGCGGACGGUCCCCAACCGCUGAACAAUCCACUGCGGACCCUAAGCGAUAUUCUCGAGCUGUUCCGAUCCGAUUUUGGCACGAACACACAAGCGGGCGGCAGUGGUGUACGGGUAGUGACCGGCCCGAAUCCGUUGGGUAUGUUGUCGACAUUACUCAACUUUGAUCGUCGCGGAGACAUAGUGUACUCACAGGAGGAGCUGGACCGAGUCAUUGAACAACUGAUUGAGCAGACCGCCACCCGAGGGGCGCCGCCGCCGGCCCCGGCCACUGCGAUUCAGUCGUUGCCGAAGAAGAAGGUAGACGCGGAGAUGCUGGGGAGCGAAGGCCGGGCGGAGUGCUCAAUCUGCAUGGACACUGUGGAGCUGGGGACGGAGGUGACGAUGUUGCCGUGCAAGCACUGGUUUCACUAUAACUGCAUCGAGCUAUGGCUGAACCAGCACAACACGUGUCCGCACUGUCGGCGGAGCAUUGACGCCAGCCAAUCUGAAAUCAGGUCCGAGGCCAGACCCGAAACCAGACCCGAGGAACCCGAGGGCACAAGAAACAACCCCACCAUCAUCCCUGAUAGUCCGGAACCAGCACCACAACACUCCAACAGUGGGGAGCCGAGUCAGAGUCAGAGUCGGCCGCGCGGGGGACAGUCGCCGUCAGGGUGGAGCACGUGGUCGUCAUCGUGGUCGGGGUCGGAGGAGCCACGGCGGAGCAGUCGGGGGGAGGGUUCAGGGGGGGUCACGGGGUGGUUGCGCAGUCGGCUGGGUGGGGGCAGCAGCUAA